UUUCCCCAAAAAUCCCGCUCAGGCUCGAUCGCGCCGCUUGAGGAGCUCUGUGACGUGGCGCACGCCCACGGAGCGCUGACCUUCGUGGACGAGGUUCACGCCGUGGGGCUCUACGGGCCCCGGGGCGGCGGCAUCGCCGAGAGGGACGGGGUCAGCGGCAAGGUGGACGUGGUGUCCGGGACCCUCGGGAAGGCGCUGGGUGCCGUGGGGGGGUACAUCGCGGGGGGGGCGGCGCUGGUGGACGCCGUGCGCUCCUUCGGGCCCGGCUUCAUCUUCACCACGGCGCUGCCGCCCGCCGUGCUCGGGGGGGCCCUGGCGGCGCUGCGCGUGUUGGGGGGGCCCGAGGGGGGGUCCCUGCGCCGCUCCCACCAGCGCAACGCCAAACACCUGCGCGUGCUGCUGCGCGACCGCGGCGUGCCCGCGCUGCCCGCGCCCAGCCACAUCGUGCCCGUGCCCGUGGGUGAUGCGCUGGCGGCCACGCGGCUGAGCCGGGCCCUGCUGGAGCGGGGGCUCUUUGUCCAGGCCAUCAACCCCCCCACGGUGCCCAGGGGGGGGGAGCUGCUGCGCAUCGCCCCCACCCCCCAGCACAGCCCCCAGAUGAUGGAGCACCUGGCAGACCAGCUGUCCGAGUGUUGGGGGGCGCUGGGGCUGCCCCGGGACUCGCCCCUGGGCCCGGCCUGCGCCUCGUGCCAGCGCCCGCUGCACCUCUCGCUGAUGAGCGCCUGGGAGCGGCAGCACUUCCAGCCGGGGGGGGUCCCCGCCACCGCCUGAGACCCCCAAAACAGCCCCAAAAAACAGCCCAAAAAUGGAGCGACUCGCCCCAAAAACCAGCCCAAAAAUGGAGCGACUCACCCCAAAAAACACCCCAAAAAUGGAGCGACUCACCCCAAAAACCAGCCCAAAAAUGGAGCGACUCACCCCAAAAAACACCCCAAAAAUGGAGCGACUCACCCCAAAAACCAGCCCAAAAAUGGAGCGACUCACCCCAAAAAACACCCCAAAAAUGGAGCGACUCACCCCAAAAAACAGCCCAAAAAUGGAGCGACUCACCCCAAAAAACACCCCAAAAAUGGAGCGACUCGCCCCAAAAAACACCCCAAAAAUGGAGCGACUCACCCCAAAAAACAGCCCAAAAAUGGAGCGACUCACCCCAAAAAACACCCCAAAAAUGGAGCGACUCGCCCCAAAAAACACCCCAAAAAUGGAGAGACUCAUCCCAAAAAAUACCCCAAAAAUGGAGCGACUCACCCCAAAAAACACCCCAAAAAUGGAGCGACUCACCCCAAAAAAUACCCCAAAAAUGGAGCGACUCACCCCAAAAAACAGCCCAAAAAUGGAGAGACUCAUCCCAAAAAAUACCCCAAAAAUGGAGUGACUCGCCCCAAAAAAACACCCCAAAAAUGGAGCGACUCACCCCAAAAAACAGCCCAAAAAUUGAGAGAUUCAUCCCAGAAAACAGCCCAAAAAUGGAGCUGAUCCCCCCCAAAAACACCCCCAAACUGCAACGAGCUGUCCUGAAAAAACACCCCAAAAAUGGAGCGACUCACCCCAAAAAACAGCCCAAAAAUGGAGCGACUCACCCCAAAAAACACCCCAAAAAUGGAGCGACUCGCCCCAAAAAACAGCCCAAAAAUGGAGCGACUCACCCCAAAAAACAGCCCCAAAUCCCCAGUGCUCCCAGUGCUCCCAGUAUAUCCCAGUUUGGUCCCAGUUUGGUCCCAGUUCCAUCCCAGUUCCCUCCCAGUGCUCCCAGUCCAUCCCAGUUUGGUCCCAGUUUGAUCCCAGUUGCUCCAAGUUCCAUCCCAGUUGCUGCCAGUCCCUCCCAGUCCAUCCCAGUCGCUUCCAGUUCAUCCCAGUGCUCCCAGCGCUCCCAGUUUGAUCCCAGUCCCUCCCAGUCCCUCCAGUCCCUCCCAGUCCCUCCCAGUCCAUCCCAGUCCCUCCCAGUCCAUCCCAGUCCAUCCCAGUUUGAUCCCAGUCCAUCCCAGUCCCUCCCAGUCCAUCCCAGUCCAUCCCAGUUUGAUCCCAGUCCAUCCCAGUCCCUCCCAGUCCAUCCCAGUCCAUCCCAGUUUGGUCCCAGUCCCUCCCAGUCCCCCCCAGUCCCCCCCAGUCGCUCCCAGUCGCUCCCAGUCGCUCCCAGUACAAACACCAAUAAACCAGUUUGGCACUGGUGCC